UUGAAGUCAUAUACUUCUCUCCAUUUCAGCUUAUGCUCUGUUUUUCAUCUUCCUCUUGGUUCUCUCCAUUUCUUUGUUUUAAAAAACCAACAUGGUAUCAGAGCCAUGAGUUCUUGAGGGACUCUCCUCUUCCUCCAAAUGCUACUCUUGCUCAAAUUAAGAGACACUCAGAGGAGGUGGCAAAGAGAUACAAAGCCUUGACCUGCCUUCACUCAGCAGUGACCGAUGAAAUUUUCAACAGAAUCAUGACUUGUGAGACAACCAAAGAGGCUUGGGACAAGCUGAAAGUGGAGUUCCAAGGUGAUAACAAGGCAAGACAUAUGGAGGUUCUCAAUAUGAAAAGAGAGUUCGCGCUCAUUAGAAUGAAGGAUACAAAGACGGUGAAGGAGUUCUCCAACCGACUGACGAAGGUGGUAAACAAGAUAAGAUUGCAAGGGGAAGAACUAUCUGAUAAGGCAGUAGUUGAGAAGGUUUUGGUGAGUCUACUGGAGAAAUUUGAGCACAAGAUCUCAUCCUUGGAGGAUUCCAAAGAUCUGUCUCAAUUCUCCUUGAAUGAAUUAGUCAAUGCUUUGCAAGCCGUGGAGCAAAGAAAGGCUUUAAGGCUUGAAAACAAUGUUGAAGGAGCAUAUUUGGCAACUGAUAGAGAAAAAGCAGCAGCCAAAGAUGAUGAAAACAAGCCUAGAGUUCAGUGUAGAAAGUGCAUGCAAUUUGGACAUGUUGAAAGGGUCUGCAAAGAAGCCAUCUUAAGCAGCGACUCUUGGUUGAUUGAUAAUGGUUGUACAAACCACAUGACCCCAAAUGCAGCCAUAUUCAAAAGCCUUGACAAAAAAUACAAUUCAAAAGUCAGACUAGGAAAUGGAGAAUUGAUGGAGGUCAAAGGCAAGGGAGUAGCUGCUGUUGAAACACAAACAGGUAUCAAAUACAUUCAUGAUGUACUAUUUGUGCCUAAUAUUAACUAUAGCUUGAUAAGUGUGGGUCAGUUGAUUGAACAUGGUUAUGUCCUUCAUUUUCAUGACAAAAUAUGUGAAGUAGAAGAUGAAUCUGGUUCAAAAAUGUUUACUGUUGGAAUGAAUGAAAGGAGUUUUCCUAUUCAAUGGAAACAAAUUGAAAUUAGUCCAAAGGCUAGUGUUGUUGAUGUGAGCAAAAGCAAGGAAUUUGAUGAAAGUGCAACUUGGAACUGGGAAAGUUUGAAAAUUGUUGCUGCAAAUCAAGUUAUUGUAGCAAAUGAUGAACCAAUAUUUAAUUUUGAGAAUGAUGAUGAAUCUGAUGAUGUUUUUGCUAAUAUAGGGACCAGAACACAAGCUGACAUCUAUGAAAGGUGUAACAUGGUCAUUGAAGAACUUGCAAAUUAGUUAGAAGCUACAAGAUUGAAGGUCGGGAGAAUUACAAUGCAGGAGGAGUUUGCUAUGAAGAGUUGCAAAGCUAUUAAUAAUUCACUGGUUCUAGGAGAAAAAUUCAAAAAUGAAGUUCAAUUAGUUUA